AUGAAGCAUGUAAGGCAUUUCACCCCCUCCUUAUUUCUCAGUUUGGUGCAUGUUUGCCUGGUUCAGGCAAAUUAUGCCCCCUAUUUCUUUGAUAAUGGAGCCAGAAGCACAAAUGGGAACAUGGCACUUCUCAGCCUUUCAGAGGACACGCCUGUUGGUACCCACGUGUACACUCUGAAUGGAACUGACCCAGAAGGAGAUCCUGUGACAUAUGGCCUGACCUAUGAAGCUGGAUCAAGGCGUUACUUUGCUGUUGACAAGAAUCUUGGAAAUGUUACUUUGAUUGAAGAGCUUGACAGAGAGAAGGAAGAUGAGAUUGAAGUUAUUGUCAGUAUUUCAGAUGGCCUGAGUACAGUUUCUGAAAAAGUCAGGAUCCUUGUAAUGGAUGCCAAUGACGAGAGCCCAGAGUUCAUCAAUACACCUUACAUAGUCCAAGUCCCAGAGAACACUCCCUCCAGCAGCAGCAUCUUUAAGAUUGAGGCAAUAGACAAAGACACAGGUUCUGGAGGAAGCAUCACCUACUUCUUGCAGAACAUCCAUGCUAACAAGUUCACGAUAGACCGUCACAGCGGCGUCCUGCGCAUCAAACCUGGGGUCACCCUGGACUACGAGAAAUCAAGAACACACUUUGUGGUGGUUGUAGCCAAGGAUGGUGGUGGGAAGCUCAGGGGAGACAACAAAGUCUUUUCAGCCACAACCACAGUUACUAUCAACGUGGAGGAUGUUCAGGACACCCCCCCUAUGUUCAUUGGGACUCCCUACUAUGGAUAUGUCUAUGAGGACACGCUUGCAGGCUCUGAGGUCCUCACUGUUGUUGCUCUUGAUGGAGACAGAGGAAAGCCUAACAGUAUUCAUUACUGCAUCGUGAAUGGAAGUGAAGGUUCAUUUGAAAUCAGUAACACAACUGGAGCCAUUUCUGUGAUAAAAAGCCCAAAUCAGCUCAAGAAAGAAGUGUAUGAACUAAAAGUUAAGGCAUCAGAAGUCAGUCAGGAAGGUGACAGCUCCGAGCACACCUUUGCCAUGGUGACCAUACGGGUGGUGGACCUCAACAACCACCCACCAACCUUCUACGGAGAAAAUGGGCCCCAGAACAGGUUUGAGCUGACCAUGUACGAGCAUCCUCCAGAGGGUGAAAUCUUACGGGGACUGAAGAUCACAGUCAAUGAUUCAGAUCAGGGAGCCAAUGCUAAAUUCAACCUCCGGCUUGUUGGACCUGGGGGCAUCUUCCGAGUGGUUCCUCAAACUGUCCUGAAUGAGGCUCAGGUUACAAUAAUAGUGGAAAAUUCUGCUGCCAUUGACUAUGAAAGCUUCAAGGUGUUAACUUUCAAGCUUCUUGCAAUAGAGGUGAACACACCGGAGAAGUUCAGCUCGACGGCCGACGUGGUGAUUCGCUUGCUGGACACCAAUGACAAUGUCCCCAAGUUCUCCUCUGACUACUACAUUGCCAGGAUCCCUGAGAACUCCCCAGGGGGCUCCAAUGUAGUUGCUGUUACAGCUACAGAUCCAGAUUCAGGGCUUUGGGGAGAAAUCAAGUAUUCUAUCUAUGGAACAGGAGCAGAUCUGUUCCUAAUCCACCCAUCAACAGGUAUAAUUUACACCCAGCCCUGGGCUGUGCUAGAUGCUGAAGUGAACUCAAAGUAUAAUUUCUAUGUGAAAGCAGAGGACACAGAUGGGAAAUACAGCUUGGCUGAAGUGUUUAUCACCGUGCUAGAUGUCAAUGACCACUCUCCAGAGUUCAAUGAAAACAUCCAGGAGAAGACAAUGAUCAUUGGGUCACCAGUGAAGAUAGAGGCCAUUGACCAAGAUGCAGAAGAACCCAACAACAUUGUGGAUUAUUCCAUCAUGCAAGCAGAUCCAGCCAAUGUGUUUGACAUAGACCAAAGCACCGGGGAGAUCAAGCUGAAGUCCUAUAUCAGAUCUCUGGACAUCAUCCACAACAUCACAAACAAUAAAGACUGCAUAUGGUCAUUGGUGGUCCAGGCCAAAGACAGAGGCUCCCCAUCCUUCAGUACCACAGCAGUUCUGAAGAUUGAUAUCACAGAAGAGACUCUUCACAAAGGGCCUAUGGCCGCCUUUUUGAUGCAAACUAAAGAUAACCCCAUGAAAGCCUUAGGAGUGCUAGCUGGUGUCAUGGGCAUAAUGGUGCUGAUAACUAUCAUGAUCUCUACUGCCAUGUUCUGGCGCAACAAGCGGUCCAACAAAGUCAUGCCGGUGAGGAGGAUCAUAAAAAAGAGACAGGUGCCGCCAUCCCGGACGGUCAGGAUGGAGUGGCUGAAGUUCAAGAGGCCCAGCAACGCUGCAGAGAAGUUUGUGGUUGAGGAGGACGUGAAGAGCCUGCACAAUGAGAACAGCAACAAUAACGUGCAGGUUGUCCCUGUGCCGCCGGCAGCCCCCGUGCCCCCGCCACCCCCGGCCCUGGCUCCCCGAGGCGAUGGCCCAGGGUGGCGGGUGCCAACCGUGUCCGGCUCCCUCACUCCCAAGCACACCAUCAAGCCACCGAAGAAGAAAGGUCACAGCAGCACCCACAACGCCCUCGUGUCAGAGCUCAAAAUGAGGUUUGAGAAGAGGAACGCAGCUUUCGGAGAGCCCCACAUCUAG